AUCCCCCUAUCCAUCCAGCCACUUCCACUUCCGUCAAAAUUUUGGCUCAGCUGUUUUGGAUGUUUUCUUCGUAGCACUGCACCUUGUAAACAGUCUCUUUGUUCUUGGAGUGAAAGGUGUAUUCUCGCGCUGUAGUGUAAUGCGUUAUCGCGGAAGACAACAUCGUGCAGGGAUAGACUGCCUAAAGCCGCUGCCCCUCACAACGUGAGGCUAUAGUGAUAUUUUAGGCCAUCGGAGCAGAGGAGUGAAAACUUCAGACUCGGAAGAGGACCGAAGCAAGCGUAGUCGCAAGUGCUCCGCGACCUUCACCCAGCCCGUGGAUUACACUCUAUGCGCGCUAAACUCGGAUCAUGGGCGAGCAGCUCGAAGAGGUGGCCGUGGGAACGCGCGUUUCUUGUGACCGUCACUACGGCGUGGUACGCUACUGCGGACCGGUAGUGGACACUAAGGGCACGUGGCUGGGCAUUGAAUGGGAAGACCCAUACCGUGGCAAGCACAAUGGAUGCCACAAUGGUGUCCAGUACUUUCACACAAGGUCGGAGACGGGCGGGUCGUUCAUUCGUCCGCAGAAGGUGGAGCGGACGCUGAGCGUCGCCGAUGCGGUGCGCGAGAAGUACUUCUCAUCUCUAUCCGAUAUAGAGGCACCCAGCCUCAGUGAAGACAAAGACGUGCUGCUCUUGGAGUUCACGCGGAACCGGAAUGUUGAGUUUGUCGGCCCCGAGAAGAUCACUGCCAUUCUCAGCCGUGGCGAGACUAUACGCGAGGUGGUCCUCGCAAAUAUGCCCGUGGACCGGCCUGGCAACGAUGGUGAGCUGGCGAGCCUGGUGCCCAAGCUGCACUGCCUGGUGCUCACCCACACCAUGCUGUCGUCAUGGGAACAGGUGGCGCAGAUCACCCGUCAGCUGCCGUACUUGUCAGAGCUGCACCUCAGCAAGAACAUGCUGGAGAUACCAAAGGAGCCUGCAGAACUUCGGGACUACUUCCGGUCCGUCAGGCAGAUGGUCCUGCGAGGUGUUGGCUACAGCUGGGACCAGGCCCUGCAGUGUGCAGAGAUGUGGCCCUGGGUCAGGAACUUGGUUCUGUCCCUGAACGGCAUCAGUGUUCUGCGGCCGCCACCCGAGACGCUGUUUCAGCAGCUCGAAUGCCUCUCACUACAGGACAACCCUCUCUCCUCCUGGGAGACUGUCUGCCAUCUGGGACGUUUGCCAAGGUUAAAAAGCCUGUCACUGGCUGACUGUGACCUGACAAGCAUCUCAUUCCCGGAUACACCACCAGGCCAGAAAACCCCGUUGUUCGCCAACCUGGUGUCGCUGAACCUUCACAAUAACCGUCUUGAAGAGUGGGUCAGCAUAGCGGAGCUGAACAAGCUUGCGUGCCUGGAGGAUCUGUUUGUGAAAGGGAACCCCGUGACAGUCCGUGAGAGGCGGCACAUCUCGCGCUGCCUCCUGGUGUCUCACCUGGGAAAACUGCAGCUCCUCGACAGGAUGCUGGUCACCAGAGAUGAAAGACGUGAAGCUGGCAUCUACUACGUAAACCGGUUCUUCCCAUUGUGGGUCCAGUGUGGUGGAACUGCAGAAGGGGGCACACCUUCUCCAGAGUUCCUUCGUGAACACCCUAGGUUCCUCAGCCUUCUCAAAACCUAUGGAGCACCAGAAACUGUGCCAGAUGGCAAGACGGCCUCAUUUAACAAGAGGGUCAUCACUGUUGAAAUUCAUGCUCCGCAGGAACCCGACCGAGGGCCAAUCAGGAAACGCCUACCGUUGUCCAUGUCAGUGGAGAAACUGAAAGCUCUGGUGAUGCAGCUGUUUCCUCGGAAAGGAAGCCGCUUCUGCCUUUCUCUGGCAAGUCUUGAGGAAGGAAAGGAGUCGGUGCUAGAUAAGGAACGCCGUGACCUCAGCUUCUAUGACAUCACCGACGGCAGUCGCAUCUACGUGCGUUGGUAGGCGUGGAUACGCCACGGGUUCGACGUGAAGUGUUUUGAGCGAAGUGUUGUGAUGGCUAAACGGGUACACUCCACAGCUGUGCUCGUGUCGUGUGGUAUAGACCAGCUGCCUUAAACUCACUGGCAAGUGCACCGCGUUCGAUGCAACAGAGCGACCCGCCGUCGUCUUUCUGCGUGGUUUAGCCUGCAAAAGCUAGUGAGUGUCAAGACGUCAUCAGCCACAUCUGCCAUUUUGUUUGCUGCAGCACUGCAGUUGAAACAUUUGCUGUCCAUGUGUGUGUGCGUGUGUGUACGCGUCUGUGCAUUGCGAGAGGUGUUAGAACAGAAAGGAAACCUUCUAACCUCACUUGCUUUUUUUUUAAUCGUCCGCUUAUCCGCUAGUGUACUUGUUUCGUGCAGAGACCUUCUGUGAAGGUUUGCUGCAUUUUCUUCCAGCUAACUUAUCAAUAUCGCUCAUCUGCUCCUUGAUAGCUUCCUCAUGUAAGACUAGGGUGCAGCAUAUAUAUACACAUAUACAGGCCUUUUCAAAAUGCAAUUUCAAGGUACGCAUAGGGCAGGAAACCUGUAAUAUGCUUAAACAGGUGAUUGAUUAAUAAGACAUCGAAGGUGUCAACGGUAUCUGAAAUGUCACUGCCUGUAUUAAAUUGUAACGUUAGAAAUGGUGAGGUGAUGCAUUCUAUUAAGCAUAAUUUUGCUCGCUGUCUCAGAAUUCUAUAGACAUCCCAUUCUUAUCUUGCAAUUUUGUGCAGCCCUUCGGAUAUAGCUUCCCUAGAUUUCUGCAGUAACAUGAACAUUUGCAUUGGCAACUUCAAUACAUACCCCUCAAUUUGCUUUAGAGUGGGCCCCUUAGCUGUGUGAAAUUUAUAUUGUGCUCAGCUCUUCAUGCAAAUAUUCCUUUUUGCUUUUGGCAAGCAAACCACUUCAUUGUGCUGUGCCAUUGUCAGAGGCAACAUUGCCAUGUUGCCUCAGCAGCUUGUAGAACUAGCUGUUGUGAUGUCGACACUAGUUUUUAGGUGCAUGCAUGUGAUAUGCUGUAGUUUGUAACAGCGUCCAUCAUAGCCAUGUGCACAGCCAGCUUUCGUGCCAAGGGACCUGUUGGCUUGUCAGAAAUGGUAUUUUCAUGAUGACAAACGUGCACACGCUAAUUUUAUGAAAGUGCACUCUUGUUGCAAAAGGUGCAGGUAUAUUUUAUGGCAUGCAACACAUUUAAUUACAGGUAUUUUGUUUUAGUUGUUUUAGUGAAGGUGUUUGGGGGGGGGGGGGGAUAGUGUGUUAAAGGGGCCAUGCCAUCGUUGUUCAACUAUUUUCAGUUUAUGAUUAUAACCGAGAGUAGAGAGGCCACGCAGAAAAAAAAAACUGGGCUGUCACCAUACAGUUCGAAGUUGAAAUUUUCAAUUUGAAAUCUCCGACUUGAAGCCCCUCCCGCCAACAGUGUGUAUCAUUUUGGCAUUGAUAGUGUGACUUCCAGAAGUUCGUGCCCACUGCUGCGUUAUCUGCUUUCAACGCAGUCCAAAACCACAUCAGAUGUCUUGCUCUGCAUGCUUCAGCACUCAACAGCGCAGCGAGGGUGCUGCCAUUGAUUUGCGCAUGCAAUUCUUUCACUCUCGCGAAAAAAGCAGCACAAAUCAAACAUUGCUUGCAGAAACUACCUUGGGCUGACCGCCACUGCCGCUGCAUGGUGAUCACAACGUAUUUCCACCUCCUGCAAUUGCUUCCAGCAAUUGCAGUAUGCAAAAACGUAGUCUGUCUGUUAUUGGCUUGUGCAACUUUGAGGGAGUCUUUGCUGGGAAUGUGAUUUUGUUUUGUCACCAGUUAGUGUUGUCGGACUGCUGUACAAUUCAAUUGAGAUAUAUAAAAAAAAAAGUUAUGUUCAUAUGCAAAUUUUCUGCCACAUUGAAUGCACUCAAAUUUUGCUAGCUUACAAAAUUUGAGGGUUUAACAUAGUUUAACAUGCGAUGCAUAAUUCAAGCUGGAAAAUUGUUGUUGUGGCCCCUUUAAGAAUGUGGGAAACAAGCUGCCUAAUACAUUAGAAUGUUUGGCAGCAGCCAUUAGUGAGAAAUAUGUUGUGUGCUCUAUGAAUGCUGAUGUUUCCUUACAAGUUGAAAAGCACAAAAUCUUGAUAUGAAUAAUUAUGCCUUAUGAAGAGCUCAAGGAACGUGCAUAGAAAUCUUGUGAAAUUGCUGUAAAUAAUAAGCCCAAAUAAACUCCAUAUUCAUAUUGCA